CUUAUAAUGCCUACCUAGGUACCUACCUAACCUAUGUAGGUACUAACGAUAUCCCUACGCUUAGCUGAGCACAGCCAUUUGGCGACGCAUAAAGGACUAGAGACCCAAGAUGUCUCAACGUCUCAGUUGCUUCUUCCAUCUUCAACAUUGAAUCUGCUCUGCGAGGUGAUAAGAUGCCCUCCUCUAAAUUUAAUGCGCUACCAGCGCUGAGAAAACAGCAUCUCUUGGUCGGGUUCGCUGGACUUAAACAGACGUACCCCGAAGGCGUUUUUGUAAGCCUUACUCCUGGCGACCCUAAUCUUUGGUCCGGAGUGCUUUUCGUUCGGGAUGGUCCUUAUGCUCCCGCCGUGCUACGAUUCCAGAUCUCCUUUCCCGACUUAUAUCCUAGACUACCACCACUAGUUACCUUCUCGACCGAUAUGUUUCACCCCUUAAUUACACCUCUGAGCACGUACAUGUAUUCGACCGACGUUCACGAUAACGGUACCGUAAGCGCAACCGAUGCGGAGCGAUUACCGCCCGGAGGUUUUAGCUUGAGGCAUGGAUUCCCCGGCUGGUUUAGGCGCUCAAGCCGGGGCCAAAAUACUGGUAGUGGUAGUGGUCGGCAGUCUAGCGGACAGCAGGAUGAACAGCAUACGCCACAUCGACCACCUCCUCCGUCGAUGAGUAGUGCAGGCACGCCCGGGUCUAAGGGGUCUGCUGUUGGUACAUCACCUGGGUUUGCCGAGACGAAUAGAAAGGAAAUUUCUGCGUAUGAGGUCCUUCGAUAUAUACGUAGCACCUUCAGCGACGAAGACGUGUUGGACUCUAUCCCUCUCGAGGCUGCCGGAAAUCCCGGUGCCUGGCAUGCUUGGCGGACAUAUCGCAUUGACAAUGGGAAGGAAUUCUCCGACACCUCUAACCCGACAGUUGCCAAGCCUGUAUCUAAAGAGACCCCCGAUUCUCCAAGGAGGCCAGGGGAAUGGAAUUGGGAAGGUGUAUGGGAAGAAAGGGUCAAGAAAGCUGUGACUGCAAGUCUGUCCGAACCUGUCUUAUUUGGUGGAGUGGGUGCUGCUGACGAUGUUAUUCGCUUUCUGAAUGUGGAGGACAGUGACGUGGAUGCUAUAAAAGAUGAUCUUCUACGAACCUUGAAUCACGACUCCUGAUUCGGACUUGCCUAUAUAUAUUUAGUGGAAGGCGCAUUUAUAUUGUGCUCUGGCGAGGAUGGCUUUUCUAUUUAGUUUCUAGUUCUUGAUACCCAGCACGAUAUACAUUCCAUUUCUAUUUUUCACUUCCC